AUGACCGUUCCCGCCAACUCUGAGCUCUUGCUAUUUACCGCUGACUUCGACCAUGACGAAACAAGCACCACCGUCUUGACUGGUAUCUGGAGUAGUGAUACUGGUCAGCUCGCCUCUCAGACCAAAGUUGCUUCCGCACCGCUUUCUAUUCGGACAGGUUCUGGGUGUCCAGCACUGUCGCCCUCACCUUCCGUCGAUCUCGACGAGCAUACUUUAGAUGUUGAACAGCCCUGCAAUGACCUCGACCUCGACCUCGACCUCGACCUUCCUGCUGUGGAAUCUCGGUUCUUGUCUUUGACGUUGGAGGACCACGUCGGGACUUCGGAUUCUGGAAAGGAUGAACCGGCCUCGUUGUCUGGCUCAGACGACCUUUGCGAUCGCGGGGAGGAGGCAGCAACUUCUACUUCCAAGGUGGAUAUCCCUAUUUGUUGGAGCCCAAAGGGUGCGGUAUUCACCAAACAUAUGAAUGGCAUACGCAAUGUCCCGAAUGCUUUCACUACUUGGAUUGCAACUGAGGAAGGCACGCCACUAGAGAUACCCCCCGUCUUCCAUCCGUCUGUUCACCUCGAGAUUGGCGAUCUGUUCAUCCAGUUCCAUACAACAGCACUCCCACAAUCUGCAAGUCAAGUUCGGCGCACUGCUCGUAUUUGGCUAGUGAUCGAGGAUGAGGACGGGAUGAAAUUGUGGAGGAGAUGUAGCCGCCAUCCCAUUACCCACCCCAUAUACGACGACCGUUUGCUGGCUUUCGUGGCAACGAGCCCGGAUACUCCUACAUGGAUCAAAGAGACCACUAGGAAAGGCUUGUCGCAGAAGAGUCAGCCGCGUCUGAUUGGUUUGGAGACGGAUAUUGCGUGA